AGUUUCAAGCCUGUAUGUAAGACCGUGGUUGUGACGGACGCAGGUGUCAUGGAAGGAAACGCAAUAGCGAUUCCUCGUCGGAUAGCAUUUCAGUUUAGUCUGAUAAAUUCCAUGAAGAUGUGAUCUACGUGUUGUUAAACGGUAGAUACGAGCUGUGGUGCGGCCAAAGGCAGUGGGGCGGUAUAGCCUGCAAAGCCGGAGAUGGAGCUCAGGAUCUGGAAGAAUAGGCUGACGAACGAAUGGACGAGGCACUGAAUCGGAUAACCGACGAAUGGUGCUCAUCGCAAGGGCAGGAAGAAAGGACGGACGGCAGGACGGUAGGAGCGAGCAAGCUAGAGUACCUAAGUGAUGAGCGAGACUCGGCAUCAUCUUCGCUCGGUCUCGGAUUUAUAUGCAGCCGACGAGAUAGAGGUGCUUCUCCUGAAAGAUAUUCACGAUUUGGAACCACCACCUACCGCAUAUUCAAGACCUGAAGAUAUUCAAGACUUCGAAAUCGUUCCCGAUACACCAACAGCGGGCAGCAGGACAGGGGGGCAAAUCAGCUCCCAGUCUUCGGAGCUGGAGUCGCCAGGAGUUCAUUCUACAGUCCACUCGUGGGACUCACAUGCCAAUUACCAUGGCCAUUAUGGUCACAGUGAUCAUCACAGACUCGGUUCUUCUUCCAAUGCACCGCCGUGGCCUCGGACGAGUCACUUGGUAUUUUAUUGCGAUAUACAGGGUCACCUCAGGACUGCGACGGGUGUUAUCAGACUUUUGCUGCUUAUAUCGUCAGCAGCGUGUUUGGCCACUCUAUGUAGUUCUGGCACUGCCAAGGUCAGCCUCUUUAUGCUACCACUAGUGGGCCGCUUGAGAUUGAUGAUCUUUGUAGCUGUUUUUUGUCUUUUGGUCACUGCUUUACUUCUUUUCCUUGAUAUUUCACAUGUCAUACAUAUUUUCCCUUUCAACUGGGCCAAACUGAAUGCUUGGGUAUUCACUGGUAUAGGUAUAUCCUAUCUGGGAAGUAGCUCAUUGUUAGUGUGUUCGGUGUGGGAAUAUGCAGGCAGUGGCUGGGUACCUAGACGAACACGUUCUCAAUUAGCAGCUGCGGCAGCACUGGGACUAUCCUGUGCUCUUCUUGCAUUCAUUCUAUCCUGGUUCCAUAAACGAAGUAAAAUAAGUUGCAAAGGUCAAUUAAGCCACCAACACACUCCUAAUCAACUCUACAAACCUGUUGACAAUUCCUCUUCAUCCGGAGUAACAUUAAAAGAAAGAAGUCCGAAAAGACCACCAUCCUGGGUUGUAAGAAAUCACUCAAAGAAGCGCAACGCUGAUAGUGAGACAAACACAAACAAUAGUAACAGAGAGAACGGAAACGGCAAUUGCGACAAAUACAAGUCAAGAGGAAACAAAAAAGGUCAUUGGGCGUCAGCGAGGCAACAUUUCCUUCCCUCGCACGAGAACGACGAAGUCGACGAUGCUCCGAGGGAUGAACUGGACACAGACAGAAAAAGGCGACGAAAACGAAAAGAUGGGGGAAACAGUCUCGGUACGGAUGGGAAUCUCUCUGCGAAAGCAGGAAGCUCCAUCAGCGCAGAAAACACAACAAAAGCACGUCGAGUACCUCGAAAACUUCCUUUACAAACAAUGGAUAGGAGUCAGCUUCGUACGUGCGCCGGUCACGGAGGUAACAGCUCGAAGCAAGAUACAGCUAAGACUGGACAGCUUGCUAGGAAGAGUGAGUUGGAAAAUUACUGGACCGUUGGCGAUACUAGGCACAUGGAGGCAACGGGUUUGGCUAUGCACUGGGAGGUCGAGGGUACUUCGUAUAACAAACGCGAAAGCAUCGACGUAACCCUCGUCCAGGCGGCCAUGUGGGAUAAUCAGUGGCAUCCACCUCCGGACGAUGUACAGCCAUGUUCAAGUAAGGCCAUCGAUCCGUACACAUUCCCUUGAUCGCACCAAGUCGAGUUUCUUUGUAAAAAGCUAUCAGAGAAUGCGCGUGAUAAACCAGAUAAUUGCUCCAAAAGGGCAGGAACAACGAGAUUGCGGGUUACAGCUCGUAAUCGCUGUUAAAAAUCGUCGUAUCCAAGCACUCAGAACUCUUGUAUAAAAUUGUUGCGCCUUGUACAUUUCGCUGCCGAAUGCAAAAAACGAAUAUUAUUCUUCGUUGCUUGGACCGUACGAUUUGAUUGCGGUAACCACGCAACUCUGCGGCUCUUCUCGAUUGAGCGAAAGAAGAAGAAACCAAUGGAUUCGCGUAGCGCAAUUAGUCAUUUCAUUCCGAUCGUGUACCAAAAUAAUAAAUCGUAAGUUUUAAUGGAAUUUGUAAGCAUAAGACCAUUAGCUCGUAAACACCGAGGUAAACAAGAAAUUUAUCUAGUCGUUUUUAAUGUAUUUUUAUGCUGGUAUAACCUAACUCUACUCGUUUGGUAAAAGUUGUUGGUACUCGCGAGAAUCGGGCUAGCUAGAUUGUUGUACAGGUAUGUACAUAUAUUAAGAGUACCGUGCAAUUAUCUAGUAGCGUCGCACAAUCGUUUACAUCCGCACAGCACCCAAAUAUCUAUGUAAAAGGACACUCGUUAUGCUUACUGAUGUAUUAUGUGAACAGAGAAUGUGAUGCGAGUGCGGCGCUCUUAGAAAGAUUCGCAGGUAUUCAGAAAUACAGUGCGAGGACAUAUACAUAAUAUAUAUAUACCCAAU